AUGACCAAACUCCUCACUGUUUUCGGAGCCACUGGGCAACAAGGCGGAUCUUUGAUUGAUUAUGUUCUGAAGAACCCCGAACUUUCAAACCUUUACCAUCUGCGUGGAAUCACUCGUGAUGCCUCCAAAGCAUCUGCGACAUCUCUCAAAGAAAGAGGUGUCCAAGUGAUCCAGGCUGAUCUCAGUGACUCUCAAUCGCUCGUCUCAGCAGUUGCAGAUUCUUAUGCAGUCUUUGGCGUUACCAACUACUGGGACAAAGGGUCGGCGGCAAUCGAAAUUGCUCAAGGAAAGGCAAUCGCUGAUGCUGCACUGGCUGCAAGUGUUACGCUUUUGAUUUGGUCUUCACUCCCGAAUGUAUCCCGAAUGACUAGAGGAGCUUUGACGGAUGUGGCCCAUUUUGAUAGCAAAGCGGAGGUCGAGGAAUAUAUUCGUAACUUGCCGAUUUUGAGCAGUUUCUUUAUGGCGGGAUGGUACAUGCAGAACCAUAUUUCCUACAUGCGGCCAAAACUUCAGGAUAAUGGAAGUGUUGUUCUUUCACAAACAUGGAGCCCCACUGCCCUUCUCCCAAUGAUCGAUAUCACCGACACUGGUAAAUUCGUUGCACCAAUUCUCCUCGACCCAGCAAAGUACAGUGGCAAAAGUUUCACAUGUGCAACAUUUUUCUACACCCCGCUUGAGCUUGUGGGAGUAUGGACGAAGAUCACUGGCAAAAAGGUCACUUAUGCUCAAGUCGGCGCUGAUCAGGCAAGGGGAAAUUUGACUGCAGAAAUGCAACGCAAAUUGAAGAAGAGUGUUGGGUUGAUAGAUGACUACUCUUACUUUGGUCCUACUGGAAGAGAGGAUUUAAAGUGGACUUUGGAUCAAUUGACAGAUGCGCCAAAUACAUGGGAAAGCUUUGUGAACGCUAACGAGCCUUGGUUUUCUUGA